AAAUAUUUCAGUUGGCAGAAUUGUUGGGUGAAAAUUAAGAAUAGAAUGACAUGACGGAUGUAAAAGGAACAGCUGAAUAAAAGGGUCCUUACCAAAUUAUAGAAAUAUAAAACUCAAAAAUCGGAUACUAAAGGCGAUAAGCUGGAUACAAAUUCAAUUGGCUUAAGACAAUUAGGAGUAUAUUACAUUAAUCCAAAAGUGAAAGUGGCCGUUUGUUGAAUGACUACAACUAAAAAUGACCAAAGUAGUGCAAACAUAAAAACAAGAAAUCAUUCACUAAUUGAUAAAGUGGCAAAGAUCCGAUUUUCAUUUUGUAACUAUGAAGGAUUGUUUAAAGUGUUGAUAUUUUAGUUAUGUACCUUAAAAUUGAUUGUGUGUAAUGAAUACCUGCUAAUAAUUACCGAAUUUGGAUCGAAAAAAAAGAGAAAGAAAAUGUCAGCAAUGAAAAGUGGUGGUCUUACUAAAAAAGAAGGCAAAAUGCGAAUUCGAGCCUUCCCAAUGACUAUGGAUGAAAAAUAUGUGGAGAGUAUAUGGGCAUUAUUGAAAAAUGCCAUUCAAGAAAUCCAAAAGAAAAAUAAUUCAGGUUUAAGUUUUGAAGAACUUUAUAGAAAUGCCUAUACUAUGGUUUUACAUAAACAUGGGGAACGUUUAUAUACAGGUUUAAAAGAAGUUGUAACACAUCAUCUAGAAAUAAAGGUUAGAGAAGAUGUUUUGAAAUCCCUACACAAUAAUUUUUUAAUGACAUUAAAUCAAGCUUGGAAUGAUCAUCAAACAUCAAUGGUCAUGAUAAGAGAUAUCCUUAUGUAUAUGGAUAGAGUUUAUGUACAACAAAAUGAUGUUGAUAAUGUAUAUAAUCUUGGACUUAUUAUAUUUAGGGACCAGGUGGUGCGGUAUGGUUGUAUUAGAGAUCAUUUGCGAGAAACUUUACUUGAUAUGGUAAUGAGAGAACGUAGGGGAGAGAAAGUCGAUAGAAUUUCUAUUAAAAACGCUUGUCAAAUGUUGAUGGUUCUGGGUAUUAAUUCUCGAUCUGUCUAUGAAGAAGAUUUCGAACGACCGUUUUUACAACAAUCUGCAGAGUUUUAUAAGGUGGAGAGUCAACGAUUUUUAGCAGAAAAUAGUGCUUCAGUGUAUAUAAAAAAGGUCGAAGCACGAAUUAAUGAGGAAUCUGACCGUGCUAAACACUAUUUAGAUGAAUCAACAGAAUCUCGAAUCGUCGAAGUAGUAGAGGAAGAAUUAAUAAAAAAGCAUAUGAAGACAAUUGUGGAGAUGGAGAAUUCUGGUGUGGUGCAUAUGCUGAAACAUCAAAAAACCGACGACUUAGCUUGUAUGUACAAACUUUUUGGACGUGUGACUGAUGGUCUUAAAACUAUGUCAGAUUGUGUGAGUCUGUACCUUCGGGAACAAGGUAAAGCACUUGUUCAAGAAGAAGAGCAUCAACCAGCUACCAACGCCAUCACAUUUGUGCAAUCUCUCUUGGAUCUCAAAGAUGGUUUCGAUCAUUUCCUAAAGAAUUCCUUCAAUAACGAUAAAAUAUUUAAACAAAUGAUUGCGUCUGAUUUCGAACAUUUUCUAAAUUUAAAUCCAAAAUCACCGGAAUAUUUAUCUUUAUUCAUCGAUGAUAAGCUCAAAAAAGGUGUUAAAGGAAUGUCAGAACAAGAUAUAGAACUCGUUUUAGAUAAGUCGAUGGUUCUAUUCAGGUUUCUUCAAGAAAAAGAUGUAUUUGAAAGGUAUUAUAAACAACAUCUUGCCAAACGGCUGUUACUCAAUAAAUCUGUCAGUGAUGAUUGGGAAAAGAACAUGAUCUCCAAGUUGAAGACGGAAUGCGGCUGCCAAUUCACAUCCAAAUUAGAAGGAAUGUUCAAAGAUAUGACUGUUUCUAAUACAAUUAUGGAUGAAUUUAAAGAACACAUUACCAAAUCUGAGACUAAUUUAGGAGGCGUAGAUUUAUUUAUGCGAGUACUUACAACCGGUUUUUGGCCAACGCAGAGUGCUACUCCAAAAUGUCACAUACCAGCUGUUCCUCUUGCCGCCUUUGAAUGUUUUCGGCGGUUUUACUUAGCCAAACAUAGUGGACGCCAAUUGACGUUGCAGCCCCAACUUGGUAAUGCCGAUCUGAAUGCCGUCUUUUAUGGACCUAAGAAAGAUGAUAGUGAUAAAGAUGGGGCGUGCUCUUCCUCAACCACAAUAGUUUCAACAAGAUCGGGUCCCCGUAAGCACAUUAUACAAGUUUCGACUUACCAGAUGGUAGUUUUGAUGUUGUUUAAUAAUCACGACAAACUUACGUAUGAAGAGAUUUUAAACGAAUCCGAUAUACCCGAACGAGAUCUUAUUAGGGCGUUGCAAUCAUUAGCGAUGGGUAAGGCGACCCAAAGGAUUCUAAUUAAAAACCCGAAGACUAAAGAAAUAGAAUCCAGCCACGAAUUUUACGUUAACGAUUCGUUCACUUCAAAAUUGCAUAGAGUUAAAAUACAAACGGUAGCGGCAAAAGGAGAAAAUGAACCCGAAAGACGAGAAACAAGGAAUAAGGUAGAUGAAGAUAGGAAGCAUGAAAUUGAAGCAGCUAUUGUACGAAUAAUGAAGUCUCGCAAAAGAAUGGCGCACAACAUCUUAGUUACAGAAGUAACCGAACAAUUGAAGAGUCGUUUUCUUCCCUCGCCCGUUAUAAUAAAGAAAAGGAUAGAAGGUUUAAUAGAGAGAGAAUAUUUGGCGCGCACGCCGGAGGACAGAAAAGUGUACACUUACGUGGCAUGAACUUUUUUAAAAAGGAUCAUUAUGAGACUGUGGAUAGUGGUCCAGUGAUCUUCUAUAGAUGAAUAUUUACAUAAACGUAAUUAAUAUUAAUUAAAUUAUUCCAACAGGUUCAUAUUUUUUUUGUCUAAUUACUGCGAAUUGUUGAAAAGAAAUAUAAACAUUUUAGAAAAACGAAAGACGACUUACGACCAUCAAUACGGUAACUUAGUUUACAACAAUAGUGUGAUAGAAUUAAUGACAGGAGAUUUGUCGAUUUUUAUUUUGCAAUAAAGAAAUGAUGCCGCACAAAUAAAUUGUGAUCGUUGGGAUUUCGAUUCUAGGAUCGGACGUACAAACUCAUAUUUUAUAAAGCGAAAUAUUAUUUAAAACUUAAAUCUCAAUAGUCUAUCUAGAUUUUAAAUCCCGACAAUCUUUUUAUAUCUAUCAUUUGAAGUUUUCUUACAUUUAUUCGUAAUUAAAUUGAUAAUUUGGUCACAAAGCAAUAUAAAACAAAAUAAAUAAAAUGUGUAUUAAACAAUAUAUUUUAAAUUUCACUAGAAUGUAAAUUGAUGUUCGCUAUUGAUUAAUACAUUUACUUUAUAAACGUCCGUAAGGACGUAUAUUGUGCUAUUGUGAAAAAUUUGAACUAAUUUAUCUCUUUAAGAUGACUAGUUCUAUUUUUAAUCAUAAUCUCUAAAUACAUACCGCCCUAUGUUCUUGUGGCUCUUUUUUGUGAUCUCUGUAGAACCCGAAAUUUUUCUUCUUCCACUGAUAUUGUGAAUAUCCGUUUUCAUCCUUUUACAUUUUUCUACAACUUUAUAUUCCAGGUAUAACAGUGGUAAAAUAUUCAUUUACCGUACGAGCCGUUUUGGCACAAAUUUUUGCCGAAGAAUGAUUCAUUCCCACAUAGCUUUUAUCAAACAACCAUAAACACCACAAAUAAACAACAAACUAGUUUCAAACUCUAAUAAAAUUUUUACAUAACAGGUGUGGAUUUAUUUAUUAGAUGUGUUGGCUCCAUUAAUUGUGCAUAUCUAGGUAUUAUUCUAUAAUCAUUCUCAAAAUGGUACACAUAACCACAUUUUGACAGUAUCUAAUUUUUUGCUUCUGUCUUUUUGAGGAACUGUGGUGUGCAGACAUUUAUAUAAUAUGUGUUAAAUUAUUUCCUAGAAUUAAGUCCUCGUAUUUAGCAUCAGCUGAUAUGGUGAUAUGUUUUUCACAUCAGUCACCAAGUUUCUUGCAAAUUUAUUGAUACGAAAUUGUCUGGCAACAUUCUAACUUAUACAGAAGGGCUUCCAACUUUUUGAAACUGAUAUGGCCUCUGGUGUCGCUUUAUCUUUCCUAACCUAAAAUCAAAUAAAAACUAGAAACGAAAUGUACGUUUUUUAAAAUGAAAAUUAUUAUCCUUUGAAAAAAUCAACUACAUAGUGAAUUUUAUAUUGUUAUCUACAAACUGUCUGGUAAAGUUGUAUCAAUAAUGACUAUAAUUAUUUGCUUUAUGAAAUUUGCAUAAAAAUACUGUUUUGGUAGAAAUUGUGUACGUUCUAUAAAAAUUUUGUCCUAUAAGACUGCUAUGUGACCUAAUCAUAUUUAAAUUUAUUUAUAUCAGCGUUUCACUUCCAAAACUUCUUAGGAGUGAAAAUGAAACAUAUUUUUUUAGAUUUUUCAAGAUUCUGUAAAAAUAUUACAGGACAAUAGAUAUAUAAAUCAGGUCACUAGAUAUUUGCUUUAGAUCUUUUCAAUGACUCAAUAAUUGUGGCCUGUCAUAAUGUAUUCUAAACAAAAUUUCAUUACUAACAUCUGUGCUACCCAAAUAGUUUAAUUGAACUCUCGAAAUAUUUCAAUCUUACAGAGAUAUAAGUUUAAAUUGUGAGAGUGGACAAAAAUUUUUUUUUCGGCUUUGGCUUCAUUUUUCAAUUCCUUGGAAUGGAAAUUUUUUGUUUGCCAAAUUUUUGCUUCUUUUAGUAAUCAAUUCAAAUUUUAUUGAACUAUCGUCGUGUCAAUAGUUUGGCUUCAUUUUUCACAAAGUCCAGUCUGUCUGUUCUAAAAAUUAUCCACCUCAUGUCUUUUAUACCUAUAAACUUUCUCAAAUCUUUAUCCAGUGCUUUGUGAUCUUGAAUCAACCAAUCUUCUCCAAGUUGUUUUACUGUACCAAUUUUCUCGUUAAAUUUUUAUGUAUUCUUGGACAUUAAGCAGUACUUCAUACUUUUCUUAGCCUUUUUUUAGGUCUUCCUAAGACCAGCUGGUAAAAAUGAGUGCCCACUGACUGGGAAGGUUGCAUUAUCAUGGUGGAACACUAAAACUUUCUGAUUUGACAAUUCUGGCCAUUUUUCUUCAUUGCUUCAUCCAGUUCCAUCAAUUGGUUUCCAAAGGAAUGGACCAUUUGUUGUGGUUAAUAUUAGUAUGAAAACAUUUUUUGUUGAUACUUUAUUUUUUUUGUAUAGCUAUUGAAAACAAGUUAUUAAGCAGUUCAUCACUUUAUAUAGCAAAAAUAUUUCAACUUCACACUACAUUUUUUCAAUAUUUAAUGAUAUAUCUGUAUGAUCACAGAAAAGUGUUGAGGCUUUUAUUAAUCUGAUAAAAAACAAAUGUUAUAUAAACAAAAUUUUGGUUAUAUUUAUUAACUUGCUUCCGUCAAAUUUUCAACUACUUUCUAGAUUGAAAACAAAAAGUGAAAUAAGGAAACUGUACUCACUGUUUUCUACCACUGCACUAAAAAUCACAGUUACACUGUUAUCAUCCUGUAUGAUCUAAGGUGAACAAUCUCUGAAGAGGACGACAUGGUUAUCGAAACGUGCAUCAGGUAGCGUAAUUGAUAUGGUGGUAGUAAAUAAUGUGUUCAGUAUUAUUAUUACUAACAGUUGUAGAAGUCCCAACUUAGUGGUCAUUAAAAUUUCUGUGUACUGUGAAUAAUAACACCAACUACACAAUUUCUAAGAGCUGUAUUGGAAGUGAAUCAUGAUAAAUAUUUUUGGCAUCAUUCCUUGUAAUAAUGAUAUUUAAUAAAGUUACUUUUCGUCUUUGA